GCUUGACGAAGGUUAUCCGGGUUUGGGACAGUUUGUGGAGCUAUGGGAACCUGUUUCAAUGAACACUUCAUGUUUGGAACAGUCCAAAUUAUGAUAGGAUUGUGGGGGUGGACAGGAAACUUUUCUAAAUUGUGAAAGUCUGCUUUCCCACCCACAGACUUAAAAGACUGUGCGUAUGUUCUGUUUUAAUGUUUUUUGUCUGGAUGUGUGGAUUUGCUGUCUUGCAAAUGCUUUCUACACUGUGGCAUUUCCCCCCAGUUUGAUGUCGUGGAAUGGGAUUGGCCAGCGUGGCCUAGUUUCGGUGCUUUGGGUUGGCUUGGUUUUAUAUAGAGAAAAGAAACCCUAACCUUUUGUAAUUGUAGUGUUUAUAGCUUUGUAUGUUUUUUUGUAGUGUUUGUCGAUUUUUCAUGAAAAUAAAUCUUUUCGGUUUUUAGUUUCAUGUGAGGAACCCCCCCCCCCUCCGGGAAUAUCGAUAUUUCUUAUGCCCUUUAUAUACCAUAUGUCAGUGGAGCUGUAAAAUUGAGGGUUUUCUGUUAAUGAAGGCCUGUUAUCCCUAACCCUGGGAUUCUGGUCCCCCUUUUCAUUGUUUGUUAUGAUGCAUGUUUAAAAUUCACUUUAUCAUUUCCUCCUUUUUGUUUUCAUUUAAUAAUAUACCUAACUGCACAUUUGUAUCUCUGUGUACGUGUUCUAUUUUAUCAGUCAUUCCCCGGCCUUGAUCUUUAAGGUCUUCAUUAAGAUUUUUCUCCUUGAUUUAAGGCAUGUCAUUUCUCUCUUGUACUAUUUUCGUCUUGUUUUGUUUCUGACGUAAAGUCAUAUGUAUUGCCCUCAUUUACCCCCUAUUUUUGACACAUUUCUAAAUAAGUUAUUGGGCUGUAUAACAUUCUGCCGACGAGAAGGUUAAUAAACUCUUGAUGUGGAGGAUUAACGCCAUGUAACCUUUGUAUCAACCGUACUGCCGGUUGUUGUCAGCCCUUUACACCAAGUUUUCCCGUUGCCCGUCUUUGUGUUGGACGUUCCCUUGGGUUUUCAGCUGUCUGUGUGUGUCUGUCUCUUAGUUUUGCAUCAAUUUGUGUCCCUUAUAUAGUGUUAAACGUUCGUAAUGGAUAUCCACUUCUAUUCCUCUCUGAGUGACGGUAGUUUCACAGGAGAUUUGGACCCUGCACAGCUGUACAAUGGAUUUUCCAGCACUAAGUUUCCUGAAGGGAAUGACAACUACUUGACCAUUACUGGCCCUGGACACCCUUUUCUUACUGGAGCAGAGACAUUCCAUACUCCAAGCCUGGGUGAUGAAGAAUUUGAAAUUCCUCCUAUUUCUUUGGAUUCUGACCACACGCUGGCAGUGUCCGAUGUCGUUGGCCAGUAUGAUCUAGAAGACCCAGGUUCCACAGAGGAUGGUGGCUUCUCUACCCAGUAUGGUGUACAGACUCUUGACCUGCCUGUAUCGGUGUCUCAAGCUGUGUUGGAACAGAAUGAAGGAAUACUGAACACUGGAUUGGCUAUGGAUUUGGGACACCCCAUAGGAACACAGUACAACGCCAACCCACCUGUGACGAUCGACGUGCCCUUGACAGACAUGUCGUCUGGCCUGUUGUCUCACAGUCAGCUGACUACCAUUGACCAGUCGGAGCUCAGCUCUCAGCUUGGGCUCAGCCUAGGGGGCGGAACUAUCCUGCCCCGUGCUCAGUCGCCAGAGGACAGGAUGUCGACCACCCCAUCUCCCACUAACUCCCUUCAUGAGGAAGAUGCUGAGGACUUUCGAAGGAUCACGGCUCCAAAAGCAGUAGUAGUUGAAACUGCAAGAAAGGGAAAAACUCCAAAGAAGAGGAAGAAAAAGGACCCCAAUGAGCCACAGAAACCAGUGUCUGCAUAUGCACUCUUCUUCCGAGAUACCCAAGCUGCUAUCAAGGGCCAGAAUCCUAAUGCCACUUUUGGGGAGGUGUCGAAAAUUGUGGCUUCUAUGUGGGACAGUCUUGGAGAAGAGCAAAAGCAGGUUUAUAAGAGGAAGACAGAGGCAGCUAAGGAGGAGUACUCGAAGGCCUUGGCUGCUUACAAGGCAAAUCAGGUUUCUCAGACCAUUAUUGAGACGGUGGAACCAGAACCAGCAGAGACUGUUGUGCAGUCAGAAGAAUCACCUGCAUCCCCUUCCCCAUCCAUUGUUGUGACCUCCAACCUUUCACAGUGUACAUCUAAUAACCCUCUGCCCACCCAAACUAAAAUUACCAAAAUCAUCAUCCCUAAACAGAUGUUAGAAUCUGGACAAAUUCCUUCAUCUCUUGCUAUGUCACAGGGCGUUGUAACAGUCAUUCCUGCUAACAUAGUUACUUCACGUGGCUUACAGAUCGGCCAGCCUGUGCAUCAGGUCCAGGCCUCCCAAGGACAGAUUGUAACACGAUCAGUGCUACAAGCAGCUGGCUCCCAACAGCAGCAGUCGCAGCAACAGCAGGUGUUUGAGAUUCAUCCACCACCACCUCGUUUGCAGCCACCGCCACUUCAGCAAAUGCCACAGCCAGUGACGAACCAGACUACUGUCCUCCAAGCUCCACCUCCACUGCAGUCUAUGCAGAUGCAGCCAAAGGUACGUCUUAGUACACAGCUUCACCAAGCACCACCCCCACUUCAGAUCAAAAUCGUCCAGCCACAGACUACUGCCACUGUGCUACAGAUCCAGCCAAAAGCAUCACCAGCUCUAAUACAGUCUACAGCUUCACCUGUGAUGGCCUCGCCAGUAGCCAGUCUUGAGAUAGCUAACUUACCAGAGCCAGUGGAAGAUGUCACAGAGGUCGCACAUCAACAGGUUGAUCCAGCUUCUCAGGAGGAAGUAGAGCUAGUUAGCAGCUCUCCCCCACCAGCAGCAACCAGGACAGUCUCACCUGAACCUCGCUGUGUGCGUGCAGGUUGCACUAACCCUCCUAUUCAGAGCAAGGAUUGGGAUAAUCAGUACUGUAGCAGUGAGUGUGUUGUCAGUCAUUGCAGGGAUGUGUUCAUGGCAUGGAUAUCCUCUCGAAAUCAGGGUACAAUCACUUCAGUAAAAUGACCGCAGUGAAGUUGCAUCUGUCUUGGACUCCAGGCGAUGUGUGGAAAUGCAUACGACACUGCAGGCCCUUUGUUUUGUGUGUCUGAAGUAUUCUGAGGGAACCAGGCUGAUCAGAAUAUCUGUUCCCCAGAAUGUCUGUCUUAAAUUAUGGAUGUUUACAUAUCUUGAAAGGCGCUACUUAAAACUAAAUUAUUCUGCAAGAGAAGACUACAGACACUUCUCUGCUGGCGGGCUUUGCACUUGUCUGUGUUCUAACCACUUCUCUGCCUGCAUACAAACUUUGUAAAUCUUUCAGUUGUUACCAUGUGAAUAUUUGGCAACAUAUAAUGCAGUAUUAUAUGUGCUUUUUUGGAAGGUUGGGAGUGCACACCAACAGAACUCUGCAGGCUCUAAAUGGCAGAUCAGUUCAAAGAAGAUGUUAAAAAUGUUGUGGCAGUGUGAGUAAAGGAUACUGCCUCGAUUAUGGUAUUUUAGUUUAUGGCCUGAAAAAAAAUCUUUUGGUCUAUUGUCAAAGUAUAGACAUUGUCAUGUAAUUUUUUAAUCAUUGUGAUGUCUUGGGGAACUUUCUGUAAAAUAGACUGUUUUAUUUGUAUUUAUCUGUAUAUAUUUUCGUCUUGCUACCAUGUUUCUACUCCUGUAACAAAGCAGCUGGAAUGGUUUUCCCCUUGCGGACUGUGGUAUAUUGUGUCCAGCGCACGUUCUUUCUAGACUUUGUGCUGAACUGGUCCCACUUUGCAGGAUGCAUUUCCAUAUGCAAUGGUAUGCCGUUGGUAACACUAAGCAAAUGUAUAUAGACUCUACAAACCUGCCAAGUCUGCCUUCUGCUGUUUAUCCUGUUAUAAGUGAUGAUGUCCCAUGCUGCCUUGUGGUGUUUAUCUUGUUAUAAGUGGUUUAGCACUGAUGAUGUCCAUUGAUGGCAGUGUUGGCUGGAAGUCCACUGGGCAUUAUUUGCAGAUGGGUGACUAGGGCACUUGACAUCUGAGAGGGACAGAUGGACAGGGACCAUUUCUAAGCAGCUAUGCCUUGUAAUAAAGGAGGACGUAAAGAACAGCGCAUGUGCAGUAAAACUGUUUUGUGGGUUUUCACUGUAGAACUGAGCAAGUUUUUUUAUGCCUCUCGUUUACCCAUGUUUGUAAUGUCAUACCUACCUCGUUUUGCCUACUGAUCUCUGCUGGUUAUUUUUCUUUUUCCACAGGAGUGUUUUUUUUUUUCAGUCUUUACUUACUAGAGCCAUUGGAGGAUUUUUCCUGCUGUCUUUUAAAGGACUUCUAAGAUGAGGUUGUGGUUUUAGUGCCUUGAAUGAUUGUGGCCUAGUUUUAUGUAGGCAUCAAGGAUUGCUGUUGACACAGUGAAGUCUCUCUCUUCUGCUGUCCAUCUUUUGUAGUCAUUUUCAUUGACUUGCACCUGAAAUUAUGGCGAUAUAUAUACAUUGUGAAAAUUUAACCACUAAUGGGGCAGUCACAUCACUUCAGUUACUCCACAGUCUAGGAGACAAGUAGCUGCUAUGGCUCUUCAUGGCAACCGCUAUCUCUGCUUCAGAGCGAGUAUGUGAAGUGUUCUGAUUUCUGUAAAAAUCUAGCUGUGUUUAAUUGCAGGAGUGGUGCUUGUGACAGGAACUGAAAUUUUGAAGUAAUGAAAUACUGGCUGUUCUGUUUCCCCUAGUAUGGCUUCCUUACCUUUCUACAAACUAGAAUACCGAGAUUUUUUUGUUCAUUCUUAAUUUUUUGCUAUAAUUUUUAGUGUGGGUUGCUGUAUGGCCUGUUUUUGGAUUUUGUGUGCCAGAGCUAUUCAUGUUUGCUUCACAGUUCUCAAGCAGAGAACUUUGUGAUGUCACUUUAAAAAAAAUGUUAUCUGCACAUGUCUAGUAUGUCUGAAUAGAGAGAGAUGUGCAGGGUUACUAACAGUGGAAUAACUGAAACUGUACAUAAAUUUGAGCAGUGUUUUUGAGAAUGGGACUCCACCAGUGCAGUGCUGCCAGAAUAGAAGACACGACUGCUGCUUUUCUCACACAUCCUAUCCUUUGCUUCUUUUUCAUCUGUAAAAUUUAAAAAAAUUAUUUUGUUACAAUUUGGUACACAAGGAAAAAAAACUUGCAAACAUACAUACAUGGUUGCUUUACCUCUUUUCAUUUGGUAGGAAGUACGUCAUUAUGUUGGGUUGCCCAUUCUUAGGAGCUCAGGGACUUUAACAUGUGAAACAGUUCACGCGCAAAACACUAUUUAAGUAAAAUAUAGAUUAAAAAAAGUAUUUUAAAUGACA